UUCUUAAUUUCAUAAACUUUCAAUAAACUUUCAAUCAACAACUAUGAACCUUCUUGUAGUCGGCACCAUCUUCACCGUGCUGGGGCUGGGGCCCCUCGUUGACGCCACCGGGGUGGCGGGGCUCCGGGGGCUCCCGGAGGACGAGACCUCGUGUCUCGCGGUGGUGAAGGCCGCUCUGGCCGAGUACCGGGUACUCUACGAGCAGAGCCUUAAAGAUUCCCCAAAUUUGAUGGAUGCAAAGAGCGAUGUUCCGCAGAAAGCAGUACCAACAGAGGAACAUAAGGAGAUUAUGCCAGCCAAUAUAACGAAUGGAGGCUUAGUUACAGAGAAGAAAGAACAACUUUCUCCACAGGAAAGCACUAUUGUGACAUCUGUGGAAAGGAAGAAUGUUACAGAGAAGGAUGAUGGACUUCAGAAAGUAGAACGAACCGAGGAAAUAAAGGAGAUUAUGCCCGGCAAUAUAACGAAUGAAGUGUUAGUAAAACAGAAAGAAGAACAACUUUCUCCACAGGAAAGCACUAUUGUGACAUCUGUGGAAAGGAAGAAUGUUACAGAAAAGGAUGAUGGACUUCAGAACGUAGAACGAACAGAGGAAAUAAAGGAGAUUAUGACCGGCAAUAUAACGAAUGAAGUGUUAGUAAAACAGAAAGAAGAACAACUUUCUCCACAGGAAAGCACCAAGGUGACAUCUGUGGAAAGGAAGAAUGUUACAGAAAAGGGUGAUGGAAAAGAUGUCGAGAAAGAAACUGUAAUUCAAAAAGAAGUCGAAAAGAAUGUGUGUGAUAGCGACAUCAAAGAGGUUCGUAACGAAAAACAUCUGAAUGAAACAAUUGAAGACUUGAAACACCAAGUUGAUGACGUGAAAAACAAGAUUAAGGAAGAAAAAGCAAAGGCUGAAGAAACAAAUGCUACGCGUAGCCCAUGCGUCGUAAAAGAACCAAGUGCUGCCCCUGUCAUUCAAGAUGGUAAAGUCGUUGAAAAGAUAGUCCCUGCUGUGACGCCGGCGAAGGUUGCUGAAAAGAUCCAUCCCACGAUGACGGAAGGAAAAGUCCCCGUUGUGACAAAAGAGAAGGUUGUUGAGCAGGCUGCCCCUUCGGUGACAGAGGAGAUCGUAAGCAUCUCUAAGGAGCAAGAAAAUGUCCCUGUUAUGGCAGAAGAGAAGAAGGUUAUUGAAAAGAUUAUCCCCUCGGUGACAGAAGGAAAAGUCCCGGUAGUCCCUCAACAGGAGGUUGUUGAAAAAAUUCAUCCUACGGAGACAGAAGGAAAAGUCCCGGUAGUCCCUCAACAGGAGGUUGUUGAAAAAGUUGCCCCAUCGCCGACAGAAGAAAAAGUUCCUGUUGUGACACAAGAAAGGGCUGUUGAGCAAAAUGCCCCACAAGAAAGGGUUAUUGAACAGGCUGCCCCACAAGAAAGGGCUGUUGAGCAGAAUGCCCCACAAGAAAGGGUUAUUGAACAGGCUGCCCCACAAGAAAGGGUUAUUGAACAGGCUGCCCCACAAGAAAGGGUUAUUGAACAGGCUGCCCCAGAGGAAAAGGCUACUGAACAGGCUGCCCCUACAGCCACAGAAGAGAUUGUCACUGUUUCUAAAGAGAAAGAAGAAGUCCCUGUUGUUGUAACAGAGGAAAAGGUUCCCGAUGUGACAAAUGAGACAGUUAUUGAAAAGAUUACUCCUUCCGUAACAGAAGAAAAAGAUGCCAAUCAACGGAAGGUUGUUUCUUACGAAGAUGCUUCAGAAAAUCAGGAAAAUCAAGUUACUGGAGAUGAGGAAACGGACAAAACUGAAUUGAAGUUUAUCGUCACCAUACAAGAGAGAAUAGUCCGUGAACAGACAGUCUCGAUCAUACCCGUAAUGGACAAGGGCGCCAACAAAAGAGCGAAUGGAAAAUUGGUGAAAAAAGCAAUGAAAAGAGUAGCGAUGAAGGUGGCCCGUGCUGUGCUGGAAGAACUAUCCAGGGAACACAGCACAGAUGGGGAGGGACAGUAGCAGCAGAAGCUGUAACCAGUGUGAGGGGAUAGGCUGCCACUUUCCACCAAACCGACAGUCACCACCACCAAAAUGUCCCCUCAGCACCCAGCUGCUUGCGAUGGGAUCCCAAAACUAAAUUCCCUAAGAAAGUGUUCCGUAUUUACUUGUCUUUUCUUAUUCCGUGUCUAUCUAUCUUAC